GGACGCAGAUGGAUAUGACAGUCAGUGUCAGUGUGGUGUGGUAAAUAGAUAACAGCAGCAGUGUUAAAAUUAGAGUUGAUUCAAAUUAGCUUUGAAUUGAAUAGAAAUUUCUUCUAUAAUUUCCAGUGGAAACUGAGUGUUAAUAAUAUGUUGAAAUUGUAUUAAAAUUUAUCAAUCAUGAUUAUUGCUUUGAAAGAGUCCCAUAAGUCUAAUUUAAACUUUCUGUUUACUCAGAAUGCCAGUGUUGUCCAAGACUUUUGUAAGUUGGCUCUUGAUUAUUUAACCAAGGGUCCUAAUCAGAAAAUCUACCUGAGUGCUGCCCAAAAACUGGAAAUUGAUGCUGACACUGUUCAAAAUGCUGUUGAAGGUCUGAUAAAUUUGCUAAUUGAAUGCAGUAAACAUCAGUUGUCUGCGUUGGACUUGCGAGAUACUAUUCUGACCAUUGGCUUCACAGAAGAACACUACGACAUACUACAAGCAUUUUAUGACAGUCGUCAGACAGAGUUGAAACAAAUUCUAGCUGAGCAAACCGUUGAUUUUCCUCAGUUUAAGGACCUGGAAUGGCGACUUGAAGCCCAGGUGGCAUCAAGGGCUCUACUUGACCAGAUGACACCCCAGGUGCAGAUGAAACUGAGUCUAGAGAACAGUGCUGGCACCGAACAUGUGCUGCUGCAGGCUGACCCAGCCAACCUGGUCCACAUGACAGAGGUGUUAGAAACAGCCUUGCGUGAAGCCAGCAGUCAGCAUUUCCGCAGGAUACAGAGACGUUUCAAAUAAUAUGUAUAUACUUCAAAUUUAUACACAUACUAUGGUCAGUUUUAUAAAUAUGUAAUGUAAUAAAUAAACAAGUUCAUUACAGAUUUAUAA